AAUGAGUUGUAAUCUUGUCGUAGUAAAAAGUACUUUAGGAUGGUAGAUUGCAAAUACUGUAAUGUAGUUUGUGUAUCAGCCCCGGAACCCCUUGGCCAGGGGGCCAUGGCCCCCGCAAAAAUUUUUUAACAUAGCAGUCUACGGGGUCGGCUCACGCUAAAGCCAAUACUCCCGCCCCCACCAAACCGAGAAGCUCCAGCCGCCCCUAUACGAAACAGUGAACAAACAAACCACAGAGCCUUCGAAGCAUCUGCCUUGGAUAGUGGAUAUUAUUCUAGUAACAAUUAUUGUUUUGUGUAGAAGUUGCGCCUCUGUCCUCGGCCUGGUGUACAGUUGUGCAUUUUAACGUGAUGGACCCCGCCGCAUUACCCACAAAUAGUUUGAAUUUUAAUGUCGGAGUGCUGGGCCAUAUUGACAGCGGGAAAACGUCUCUCUGCAAAGCCAUCAGUACGACGGCGAGCACAGCCUCCUUCGACAAGAACCCACAAAGCCAGGAGCGCGGAAUCACGCUGGACCUGGGCUUUUCCUCCUUCUGCGUACCGUUGCCAUCGCAUCUCGUCGCCCCGAAUGAUCAGAUCAGAUACAUUCAGUAUACUUUAGUGGAUUGUCCCGGUCAUGCGUCACUCAUUCGCACCAUCAUUUCGGGAGCGCAGAUCAUGGAUCUGAUGCUACUCAUUGUGGAUGUUACCAAAGGCAUUCAGACGCAGACCGCGGAAUGUCUGGUUAUCGGCGAAAUAACGUGUCAGCAUAUGAUCGUUGUGUUGAAUAAAAUUGAUUUGCUACCGGAGAGCAAGCGCGAAGCAAGCAUCAGUAAGAUGAAAUCUCGUCUGGAAAAGGUCCUUCUGACAACGAAGUUCACCGGAUGCCCGAUCGUGGCGGUAGCGGCCCACUCCGGCAGUUCGGAGGGUGAAGCGAUUGGCCUCCAGGAUUUAGUGAACGUGUUGGCCGAAAAGACAUUUUUUCCGAAGCGGAAUGCCAAGGGAUCCUUACUGUUUUCCGUGGACCACUGCUUCAGCAUUCGCGGACAGGGAACGGUGAUGACUGGAACUAUGCUAUCCGGUAGUGUGCGCAUUAACGACAACAUCGAAAUUGUGACGCUGAAAGAAACGCGUAAAGUCAAAUCGAUGCAGAUGUUUCGCCAGCCGGUACAACAAGCGAUUCAGGGUGAUCGAGUCGGAAUAUGUGUCGCGAAUUUCGAUGCGAAGCUACUCGAAAGAGGCUUCGCAGCAGCGCCGGGAACGUUGACUACUUUGUACGGUUUCAUCAUUCAACUCCACAAGAUUCAGCACUUUAAGCCUUCAAUAAAAAGCCGAUCAAAAUUCCACGUGACGAUUGGGCAUGACACAGUUAUGGGGAAAAUCCAACUGUUCUCAGGUGUUCCAGAUAGCGGGGAGAAUUUCGAUGCGAAUCCGGAGUACGCGUUCGUCGAAGAAGUUGUCGAUGCAACCGUACAUCAAGAGAAUGUUGUGAUUUUUGCAUUAAUCGAGCUGGAAUCUCCAGUUAUUGGUCAGCGAGGACAGUUGAUUGUAGCUUCUCGUCUGGACGCCGAUAUCCACCAGAACGCGUGUCGACUGGCAUUUUAUGGAAAGAUCCUCGAGCCUUUUUCGGACAAGGAUUACGCUAGUGCAUUCCUGCCGAAACUGCGAAUCUUUAAGGAGAAAUUUAGAAGCGGACAAGUGGAACGAAUGCAGGAUCCCCAUUCUGUUAUCGUAAAAAACCUGGUAAAAAAAGAAACGGAUACGACAAAAUUUGAAGGACUGAAAGUGCAGUUAUCCACCGGUGAAGCUGGGAUAAUUGAUGGUUCUUUCGGAAAAAGUGGGAAAAUCAAAAUCCGCAUUCCAGAUGGUUUAAAGCAAACAACAAUCGAUCUCUUGAGCAGAAUGAACAAAAAGAGAACGGAUGAAGAUACUGGUGAUAAUACAAAGGCCCUAAAAACAGAGGAUAACAUAGAAGUGAAGAUGAUAUUCAAAAGAUAUGUUUAUGAUUCCAAAAAGAGAAUGAUACAGUCGUAAUGUCGGUGAUUUUAGCUGCUCUUUCUGAUCCUUCGGUGUUACGUUGUAAAUUUUUUGCAUUGGACUAUGUGAGUGGUUGGCUAAAUACUUUUAGCUGGCAUACAGUGCCGUUAGUAAUAAAAAAUAAAGUUCAAAUUAUUA